CAUCGCAGCCCGCGCCGAGAGACUUCCUUUUCGAUAUACCACCCACCUGCCCGCGGCUCUUGGUUUGCUUGGGAUCUCCCCGGAUACGCCGCUCUCUACCGACUGAACCAUGACCUCCCACCGCGAAGGCAUCUUUAUCAAGGGUCUCUGGGUCGACAAGAGCCCUCUGCCCGAGGAUAUCCCCCAUGUGGAUGAAGUCGGCCUGACCUCGGCGCCCCUGGCCUCGAUGUCGUUCUUCUUUGCGACGUUCUGCAAGGAUUACUCUGAGGAUUUCAUGCUCUGCAAAAAGGACAACCCCGAUCCAAAGGCCUGCCUAAAGGAGGGACGAAAGGUCACCCGCUGUGCCAUCGAUCUGAUCCAGAAGCUCAAGGAUAACUGCGAGGAGACCUGGACCAAGCACUGGCAGUGCCUCGAUAUGAACAACCAGCACUUCUGGCAAUGCCGAAAAGAAGAAGCCCAGCUCAACGACUGUGUCUUCAAGAAGCUGGGUUUGACAAAAACCAUUCCUGAAACCCCCGAGGACCAGAUCCCCAUCCACCUCAAGCCCAACCCGCUGUUCAAGUAGACGUGCCGCAGUGUAUUUUGAAAUCGUGGGCACCCCGCAACUUCGAGAAUACAGCCUAAUCCGCGCAAAACAGCCUCUCCUCCGUUCGGGACACAGCGUCGCAUAUGUCUGAUCGCUGGUCGCUUUGCGGCUCAUGGAUACGACAGCGCCGAAUGCGUGCAUCUUUCCUGCUGCUGCCGGCUGUCAAGAACGCAGACCCAGCGGAUCUGUCGUCCCGUGCAUUCCCCAGAUCGCGUGCCAUAUGGCCCAUUGACCAACACGCCAUGGAAGUACUUUGUGGGCUA